UUUCGUUCUUCCCCUUAAACAAAGACAGCCGUGGGAUCUCUUCUGCCGCCAGCGGUUCGUACAUCUCAAAGUCGGCACCUUCGCGGUUCGCGUUCCGCCCCGGAACUGCUGCUCUCUGCGGAUUUGUGCUGGAUACCGAGGCGGCCCAAGAUAGACAGCAACCAUGGCUGUGCCAGCGGCCGUCUUGUCUCAGCUGCGUCAGCAGUGGAGUGUGAACUUCAAGCCGGAGGCAUUGGAACUCCUUCCGAUCCUGCUCGCCGACGCAUGCGACGACUCCGCGUCAGGGGGGUCGCGGGCGGCCUCCGGGUCUGUCUCACUCCAGACUUUGCAGCGCUUCCUGCUGACUUCGGAUCUGCGGAGUCUCCGUCUCUCGCCACCGCUGCCCGAAGGCUUUCUCGCACAGAAGACAUCGUCGGCACUCGCGGCGCCGCUCUUCCUCAUGCUGCUCUCCUCCCGGGACAUCACGCUGCCCUCGAAGGAAGGCGAAGAAGACUUCCGCUCGGCCGCUGCCGCCCCGUGCUACCGAGGCCACAAACGCCGGAUGCUGCUGCUGAAACUGACUGACGGCGCGGGGUGUACGUACACCGCGAUCGAGCACCACUUCUGCCGGCAGCUGGACGUGCCGCUGGUGCCGGGCUUGAAGAUGCUGGUCGCCGCGGGGACGCGCGUCACCAACGGAUUGCUUCUCCUCGAACCUGCGACGGUUCAGGUUCUGGGCGGGGCUGUGGCGAGUCUGGAGAGCGCCUUCAAGCUUCGCGAGCAUGUCCAGCAGGCGCGCCUGCACAGGAAGGCGGAGAGCGAGGCUCCUGGCCGAGAGGCUGGAACGGGCAAGGAAGACGAGGGCCCCCCGCGCUUCCUGCCCUUCUCCUACGCCGCAGCGAAGAAGGCGCUCGAGGCCGGCAAGGAGGUCGUGGCGGCGGCGCUCGAAAGCCAGCAGAAGAAGAGCAGCCGCGAGAAGGCCCAGAGUGCGCGACGCGGCGAGGACCGCGAGGACGCGAGAAAGGCCAUGCAGCAGCUGAAGGACGAGAGACAUGCAGGCGAGAGCGGCAGCAAACUGGAGAGGUUCCAGCAACAGGCCGAGCCGAAGAAAGCCGCCGUCCAAGCUCUCGUUGUGAACCAGGCGGCGAGAGGCCGCGGAGACAGAAGACCUGCGCGCGAGGAGGGCGAGGGGGCGUCGCCGAGAGGCCGAGGCGGCCGGGGCUUCGGAGGCAGAGGAAGAAGAAAGAGAGACAACGACUUCGAAAAUGAAGGUCUGUACAUGAAAGACUCCAAGGCACCCGUCGCCUACAACCUCCUCGAUCUGAUCUGCAAGGAAAAACCGAGCGCGGCGAUGGACAGCGAGCAGGCACCCGAGCGAUACGAAAGGCCUGCGGUGUCCAUGGGUGUUGUCUCCACACCCCACAGACCACCCGCUGCCUCCAAACUGGAUUCGCGCGAAACUGACAGAGGCAGAGCGACAGGCUCGGUGCCCCAGCCGAACCGGGGCGGCCGCGGUAGGGGACGAAACCGCGGAGGCGGUUUCGGAGGAGAGAGUUCUCCACAAGGUGGACAUGUCGAAGGAACGAGAGGCGGUACUUUCUUCUCGUACUACUACGCUGAAGACCCUGCAUCAAAGCAGCUUUCGUCACAUGCGCCAUCCCAUCACAGAAGCUCUCCAGGUGGUGGACAUUCUCCCUACAACGCUUCAGCUCCUCACCCGUUUUCUUCUCCCUCGCCUUCUCCAUCGUACCCCGCCCAGUCUGGCUCUGCCCACGCUUCGCUGUCGCAUGUACAAGCCGGUGGUGCCGUUGGGAGGGAUCUGGCAGCCGCGGCUUUUCCUUCUACGGUCGGUCCUGAGCAGCUACGCGGCGCCCGAGAGAGAGGGAGAGGAGGGCCGCGGGGACGAGGCGGGGGCCGGGGACGAGGCGGCGGGGGAAGGGGGAAGAGAGAGUUUCAGAGUGAACGAGGUUUUUGAAGUCUGAGUGUGUGUCUCGGAGCUAAGAAUGAGGAGCGGGACCGGUAAACCACGAGAGGAAGUUUGACGGAGAGACUCGGGCUUGGAUACCUGCUCGGAGUGCAUCAGGGGAAGCGCCGGUUUUAGUCAGUGGCGUGUCGAUGAAUUGACCGCAGCACUGGCAGCUGUCACGGCUGUCACUGGUGUAUUUCGAGAAGAGGGUUUCCUCUCUGUUGAACAGAAUGGCUUGUCAGAAAUGGAGUCAGUGGAAAGGAUCCGUGCGGUAGCUGCGCUGGGGAUGGAUGAGAACCGCUUACGUGACUCGCGAGGUGACUUUUUAUGGAGUUGUGCGCUUGUAAGCACAAUUGCGGUUCGCGACAUUCGCCGAUCCCCCGUUAUGCGUUAUGACGGUUCCGAGUUCGACUGGAGGAACGUAAACAGCCUUCACGGUGCAUUCCACGUUGACUGGAUGCCUUCUGAGGCAAUGGAAACUGACAGAAAUAGACGACUUUUUACGGAUAACACCACACGCGCAGGCCAAAAAUCCACAAACAGCGGCAUUGAGGGUCUGAGGCGCCUUCGACUUGACGCUUCUGAAGGGUGAUGCUGACUUCUACGGAGGAUAGGGCAACCUCUUUAAAAAAC